AUGCAUUUAUCGACCAAAGGCGAUAAUAGUCUCUUUUCUUGUAUUCUUGAUUCAGCGACUGAAGCGUUAUGUUCUCAACUGGGAUCACAUUCUCUGCCUUAUAUUUAUAUUCAGGAUUUCUUAAGGCGGAUUUCUUCUUUAGGCGAUGAUCUCCGAGGGGUUCAGGCCGAUUGCGUCUGGACUAUCUUCACAUUCUUGGCAUUUGAGUGGCUGGUCUGCUUCUCUGCCUCUGGGAAUGUGUUGUCUCAGCGUGCGGCCUGGAACAUUAACGUUGGCGUGACUUUCCGUCCACUGGCCUCUCCGAUAAAGCUGCUUUUCUUCUUCUUCUUCACGUGCGUGUCUCCUUUUUGGCGCCUAAUUUUCUCAACUGCUGAUUGGCUGCUUUUGACCAAUCGCGUUAUUUCUUGUAUGUGCUAUCUUACUGGAUUCUUGCUGUUUCAACUGCUCAGAUCUGACCAGAAGUUUGAAUUCUCUGUGAUCGUUACUCUUCUGAUUCUUGAUGUCUGUGCUGUUUGUGUCUAUCCUUAUCUCCUUGAAGUUUCUUUGUUCCUCACACUCUUUUUGUCUCAGUUGUUAAGAUUUAACUCACUGUCCUUGAAGUCUUUGUGA